AUGGUCGCCUCCCCGUCUCGCCGCCUCCCCGUCUCGCCGCCUCCCCGUAUCGCCGCCUCCCCGUCUCGCCGCCUCCACGUAUCCCCGCCUCCACGUAUCGCCGCCUCCACGCAUCGCCACCUCUACUUAUCGCCGCUUCCACGUAUCGCCGCCUCCACGUAUCGCCGCCUCCACGUAUCGCCGCCUCCCCGUAUCGCCGCCUCCACGUCUUGCCGCCUCCACGUCUCGCCGCCUCCCCGCCUCACCGCCUCCCCGUCUCGCCGCCUCCCCGUCUCGCCGCCUCCCCGUCUCGCCGCCUCCCCGUCUCGCCGCCUCCCCGUCUCGCCGCCUCCACGUCUCGCCGCCUCCACGUAUCGCCGCCUCCCCGUAUCGCCGCCUCCACGUCUCACCGCCUCCACGUCUCGCCGCCUCCCCGCCUCCCCGCCUCACCGCCUCCCCGUCUCGCCGCCUCCCCGUCUCGCCGCCUCCCCGUCUCGCCGCCUCCACGUAUCGCCGCCUCCCCGUAUCGCCGCCUCCACGUCUCGCCGCCUCCACGUCUCGCCGCCUCCCCGCCUCACCGCCUCGCCGCCUCACCGCCUCGCCGCCUCCACGUCUCGCCGCCUCCCCGUCACGCCGCCUCCCCGUCUCGCCGCCUCCCCGUCACGCCGCCUCCACGUCUCGCCGCCUCCCCGUCUCGCCGCCUCCACGUAA